CAGCUCACCGCGGGAGUGCAAGUCUGGGGUGGGGAAAUCCAGCCUGCGCCCGGGAUGGCGGAUAAUAUCAAAGCUCCAGCGGCCCGCAGCCGGGCCGGGUGACAGGGCGGCGGGCGCGGGAGGGUCUGCGGCGGGCGGCGUUGCAGCAGCCUCGGCACCACCGCCGCCACCGCCGCCGCCGCCCGCGGGCGCGAGUGUGCGCGGGUGUGGAAGGCCGGCGUGCGGACCGCGAGGGUGGGCGCGCGUGAGCCGGAGUGGGGCUUGCCCCUCGCCGGCGCGCCCGCCGCCCCGCCGGCGAUCGCUCUCCGGCUGUCCUCAGCACCCUCGGCUCCACACGGCCGUUGGUCCGGGCGGGGAGGGAGAAAGUGAGACUCGGUGUCAUCACCAUCCAUUGUCAGGAGCCGAGGCAAUUGGAAUCCAGCAGCGGCGAGCAGCAGCUGGGCGGUCACAUCUGGGAAUGCAAAGCCGACCUCCCCCUCCUCCUCCUCCUCCACCUCCUCCUCCUUUCUCACCCGGGAUCACUUCCGAAACCACUUCGACUUCAGCCCCUGCCUCGGCCAGAGGGAUUUAUUUCAUGGGGAUGUGUUCAAGACAAGAGCGAAUUCAGAAGGAUAUCGACGUCGUGAUCCAGAAGUCCAGAGCCGAGAAGGACUGCCUGUUUGCAGAUUUCAGAUACUCAGAUUCCACCUUUACUUUCACCUACGUUGGCGGCCCCAAAAGUGUAUCCUACUCAGUCCAUGUAUCUGAAGAUUACCCAGAUAAUACAUAUGUGUCAAGUUCAGAAAAUGACGAAGAUGUAUUAGUUACUACAGAGCCAAUUCCAGUAAUUUUUCAUCGAAUAGCAACAGAAUUAAGAAAAACAAAUGACAUUAACUGUUGCUUAUCCAUAAAAUCCAAAUUACAGAAAGAAAAUGGAGAGGAGUCAAGACAGAAUAGUACAGUGGAAGAAGAUUCUGAAGGUGAUAAUGAUUCUGAAGAGUUUUAUUAUGGAGGACAGGUGAACUAUGAUGGGGAACUACACAAGCACCCACAAUUGGAAGCUGAUUUGUCAGCAGUGAGAGAGAUAUAUGGACCACAUGCAGUUUCUCUCAGGGAAUAUGGAGCCAUUGAUGAUGUAGAUAUUGAUCUACAUAUUGAUGUUAGCUUUCUUGAUGAGGAGAUUGCUGUGGCUUGGGAAGUAAUUCGAACAGAACCUAUAAUUGUCCGACUACACUGUUCACUUACACAGUAUUUAAAUGGCCCAGUACCUACUGUUGAUGUCUUUCAGAUUUCCACAAAAGAGCGAUUUGGAUUGGGUCAUCAGCUAAAAAAAAUCAUGCAGACAUUUGUUACACAACAGUGGAAACAGAGCAAAGAAAAAUCCAAUUGCCUGCACAAUAAAAAGCUGUCAGAGAAGAAAGUGAAGUCUCCCUUGCAUUUAUUUUCUACCUUGCGCAGGUCGCCAAGUUAUCCUCCCCCCGGUUGUGGAAAAAGCAAAUCGAAACUGAAAUCUGAACAAGAUGGAAUCUCCAAAACGCACAAGCUGCUGCGGAGGACUUGUUCCAGCACAGUCAAGACUGAUGACGUGUGUGCCACCAAGUCACACAGGAGUUUUGGCCGCUCCUUGUCCAGUGAUCCCAGGGCUGAGCAGACAAUGACAACAAUUAAGUCCCACAAACUCUUGAACCGUCCCUGCCCUGCAGCUGUUAAGCAAGAGGAGUGCCUCACUCUAAAGUCACAUAAACUAUUGACUAGAUCUUGUUCGGGAGACCCGCGAUGUGAGCACAACACCAACUUGAAGCCGCACAAACUGUUAAGCAGGUCUUACUCCAAUAAUCUCAGAAUGGAAGAAUUAUAUGGACUGAAGAACCACAAGUUGCUCAGCAAGUCUUACUCCAGUGCCCCCAAGUCAUCAAAAACUGAGCUUUUCAAGGAACCUAACGCAGAGGGCAGGAGGCUCUCUCUUACCUCAGGGCUUAUUGGUAUCUUAACACCAUCUUCAUCUUCAUCUUCUCAGCCUGCUCCAAAUGGUGCAAAAUGCAUUCCAAUACGAGACCGCGGCUUCCUAGUACAGACAAUUGAGUUUGCUGAACAGCGGAUCCCGGUAUUGAAUGAAUACUGUGUGGUUUGUGAUGAGCCACAUGUGUUUCAAAAUGGCCCCAUGCUUAGGCCUACCGUGUGUGAACGAGAGCUGUGUGUUUUUGCUUUUCAAACUCUGGGAGUAAUGAAUGAAGCUGCUGAUGAAAUAGCAACUGGAGCUCAGGUGGUAGAUCUACUAGUAUCCAUGUGCAGGUCUGCGUUGGAAUCUCCCAGGAAAGUUGUCAUUUUUGAGCCAUAUCCUUCUGUGGUAGAUCCUAAUGAUCCUCAGAUGCUGGCCUUCAACCCUAGGAAGAAGAACUAUGAUCGAGUAAUGAAAGCACUGGAUAGUAUAACUUCUAUUAGAGAAAUGACACAAGCACCAUAUCUGGAAAUUAAGAAGCAGAUGGAUAAACAGGACCCCCUUGCUCAUCCCCUACUGCAAUGGGUUAUUUCAAGUAAUAGAUCACAUAUUGUGAAACUGCCAGUUAACAGGCAGUUGAAGUUUAUGCAUACUCCACAUCAAUUCCUUCUUCUCAGCAGUCCACCAGCCAAAGAAUCCAAUUUUAGAGCUGCUAAAAAACUCUUUGGAAGCACCUUUGCAUUUCAUGGCUCACACAUUGAAAACUGGCACUCAAUCCUGAGGAAUGGUCUGAUUGUUGCUUCUAAUACGAGACUGCAGCUCCAUGGUGCAAUGUAUGGAAGUGGAAUCUAUCUUAGUCCAAUGUCAAGUAUAUCAUUUGGUUACUCAGGGAUGAAUAAGAAGCAGAAGGUGUCAGCCAAGGAUGAGCCAGCUUCAAGCAGCAAAAGCAGCAAUGCAUCACAGUCACAGAAAAAAGGACAGCAAUCUCAGUUCCUGCAAAGCCGUAACUUAAAAUGCAUAGCCUUAUGUGAAGUGAUCACCUCACCUGAUCUGCACAAACAUGGAGAGAUAUGGGUGGUCCCAAAUACUGAUCAUGUCUGUACACGAUUCUUUUUUGUUUAUGAAGAUGGCCAAAUUGGAGAUGCGAAUAUUAACACACAAGAAGGAGGCAUUCACAAAGAGAUCCUUCGAGUAAUUGGUAAUCAAACUGCUACUGGUUAAAGGACCACCAUUUAAUUAACUUGAUUUGAAAGCCUUCCUCGGGUUCAAAGCUGGAUUUUGAACUGAAGAAGAUGAUAAAAAUAAUUUAUUAUUAUUAUAAACAAAAUUAACCCUUUGAAUACUGAUUUUUUUUCUUAGUAUUUUCAAGUAUCUCAUUAAAUAACUAAAAUUUAUCAAUUGUAGGGUUAUGGAAUCUAGUAAUAAAAUACAACAGCACUUAAACUGAAGUUGGGGUUGCUCACAAUAAACAGAUUUUAAAAA